CUGAUCCCACCAAUCAAAAGUUAUUCACCGACAGGAAAAGAAAACUACUCUCUCUCUCCCUCUCUCUUCUCUCUCUCUCCACACUUCCGAUCCAAGAGAGAAACAAUCAUCAUAACAGAAGGCUACACACUCCAAAUUCAUUGAUUCAUUCAUCACCUGCUUUGAAUUCAAACACACACACACAUACACACAAUACAUUUGUAUGUAUGUAUGUAUGAAUGUACAGAUAUCUAUAGAACCCUAAUUCGGUCCCAAUGCAUUGCCCCAAUUGGGCACAACCCGAGCCGUUGAUUUACCGUGAUUGCUCCGGCGGAUCUGAUGGUGAGGGGUUUCGCGAGAUUCUUGUCAGGGGAGAGAGAGCAAUGGCGGGGUUGUUGUUUUGAUUCUAGGGUUCCGAGGAGGAGAAAAUGCAGCUCCACAUCUCACCUAGCAUGAGAAGCAUAACCAUAUCGAGCAGCAGCAAUGGAUUCGUUGACUUGAUGAAGAUCAAGGUCGCAGCUCGCCACAUCUCGUACCGCACGCUGUUCCACACGAUCCUGAUCCUCGCCUUCCUCUUGCCGUUCGUGUUCAUCCUCACUGCUGUUGUUACCCUCGAAGGUGUCAACAAGUGCUCCUCAUUCGAUUGCUUAGGCAGGCGGUUGGGACCGAAGCUUCUUGGUAGGGGUGAUAAUUCUGGGCAAAGGUUGGUUAAAGAUUUUUACAAAGUCCUCAAUCAAGUAAGCACAGAGGAAAUCCCAGAUGGCCUAAAGCUGCCAGAGUCAUUCAGUCAACUCGUUUCUGAAAUGAGAAACAAGAAGUACAGCACAAAGGAAUUUGCUUUAAUUAUGAAGGGAAUGAUGGAGAGAUCUGAGAGGGAGAUCAGGGAGUCAAAAUUCGCAGAACUAAUGAACAAACACUUCGCUGCAAGCUCCAUUCCUAAAGGCAUCCACUGUCUCUCUCUGCGGUUGACUGAUGAGUAUUCAUCUAAUGCACAUGCACGCCGACAGUUGCCUUCACCAGAAUUACUCCCCAUGCUUUCUAACAACUCCUACUACCACUUUAUUGUGUCAACUGAUAACAUACUAGCAGCUUCAGUCGUGGUCACAUCUGCUGUCCAGUCAUUUCUUAAGCCGGAGAAAAUAGUUUUCCAUGUCAUCACUGACAAGAAAACAUAUGCGGGCAUGCACUCAUGGUUUGCUCUGAAUCCCGUCUCACCAGCUAUUGUUGAAGUAAAAGGAGUUCAUCAGUUUGAAUGGUUAACGAGAGAGAAUGUACCUGUGCUUGAAGCUGUAGAAAACCAUAAUAGCAUCAGGAACUACUACCAUGGGAAUCAUAUUGCUGGGGCCAACCUUAGUGAGAUUACUCCACGAAUAUUUGCUUCAAAACUGCAGGCUAGAAGCCCGAAGUAUAUUUCAUUGCUCAAUCAUCUCCGCAUCUAUUUACCAGAGCUAUUUCCAAACCUUGACAAGGUGGUGUUCUUAGAUGAUGAUAUUGUCGUUCAGCGUGAUCUCUCUCCACUAUGGGAAAUUGACCUUGGUGGAAAAGUUAAUGGAGCUGUAGAAACCUGCAAAGGUGAUGAUGAGUGGGUAAUGUCUAAGCGAUUCAGGAACUACUUCAAUUUUUCACAUCCCCUCAUAGCAAAGAAUUUGAAUCCUGAUGAAUGUGCAUGGGCAUAUGGGAUGAACAUCUUUGACUUGCGUGCAUGGAGAAGGACGAAUAUAAGAAGCACAUAUCACGCCUGGCUGAAGGAGAAUCUGAAGUCAAACUUGACAAUGUGGAAGCUGGGAACUCUACCACCUGCAUUGAUUGCAUUUAAAGGCCAUGUUCGGGCGAUUGAUCCACAUUGGCACAUGCUUGGCCUGGGCUACCAGAACAAUACCAAGAUUGAGAAUGUGCAAAAGGCUGCUGUCAUCCACUACAACGGUCAGUCAAAACCAUGGCUGCAGAUUGGGUUUGAGCAUCUCCGUCCAUUUUGGUCCAAGUAUGUUAGCUACUCUAACGAGUUCAUUAGUAAUUGCCACAUCUUGGAGUAGCUUGUUCAACAUAACAGAAGAAGAAAUCAACUUGGGUUUUGCACAAGCUCCUUCGGUAGCCGGAAAGUUGGUUGUUCAUAUCUCAAUUUGAAGAGGGAAUCAUAAAAUUGGCCAAAUGGCUGUAGAUUCAAUGUCCAAGAUUCCCAGCUGUUCAGUCUUGAGGAGCUGCAUCAGCAGCAUUCGGUAUGCAAUACAUUCUUUCAGUCUGUAACAUAUCAUUCGGUUGUGUAUUUUUUUGGUCGGAAACAAGGACACAUUCUUUUGGUCUUCUUGACGGGGUCUUACCUACUUCCUAUUGCUUGCUAACUAGUAGAAGAAUGGAAUAAGGGGGAAUACUAUGAUAAAAAGUACGUCUGUGGAGAAGGAAGUUAAGACCCAGCUCUUUCGAGGAUACCACAUUAGCGCCAUUAGAGUUAGAAAUCUAUUUCUUUCUUUUUUGUUUUAGUUCCAUAUUAUUGUUGGGAGCCAUUUGUUUUUGGAUUUCUACCAUGAUAUUUCAUUUUUUUAGGUGGUAGGUCUAAGAGAUUGAUCUAUUACAGGUCCCAUCGCAUUGGGGGAACAAUUGUUAGUUGAUAUAUUCGUAUUUGUAUGUACGAUUCAUGAGAUACGUUUAGAAUGUGCAGAAAAAUUCUUUUUGGUGCCUA